UUACCAAUCCUAAGCUCAUUGCAUUACUUGUGUGUUUACCUGUCAUGUUACCAAUCCUAAGCUCAUUGCAUUGCUUGUGUUUUUAGUGCACAUUCUUUGUUAUUGAAGUGUUUGACAUCAUUAACUUCAGUUCAGAUUGGCUGUGGGUUUCUGUAACCUCUUGCUCAGCAUUUUCCCUCCUUUUCACAUAUGGUUCUCUGUGUGUUAUAGGUUAGAUUUGUUGUCAGUCUGUGGAACCUCUGGCUAACCCCUUCCUUCCUAAUCUUAUAGUUCCAUAUCUGUGAGCAAGUAGGUUGUAUGUAAUAUUUCGUAAGCCCUGAGCAUCAAAAACCCAAAACCAAACUUUUCUUUACUUUAACAUUAGAUAUGGAAGGUGCACUAGGAACUGUCAUAGGGGGCUUAAGAAACCGAUGGAUGAUGGCAGUGUCAUCCUUUUUCAUCCUGUCAUUUGCUGGAUCAACUUACAUAUUUGGUAUGUACUCACAGACCAUCAAAGUAAACCUUGAUUAUGACCAAGAAGUCAUAGACAUGCUGGCCUUUUUCAAGGACUUGGGGUUAAACGUAGGGAUCAUUGCAGGACUGAUUAAUGAACUUUCUUGUCCAUGGGUGGUCCUAGGAAUAGGUUCAGUUAUGAACAGUAGUGGCUAUAUGAUGAUUUGGCUGUCUGUGACAGGAAGAAUAGCCAGGCCAGCAAAGUGGCAAAUGUACUUAUAUCAGUUGAUAGGGGGAAGCUCCAUGACGUUUAUAAACACUGCUGUGAUUGUGACUUGUGUGAAGAAUUUCCCUAGGGGUAGAGGGCUGGUUAUUGGGUUGUUAAAGGGUUUUGUAGGUCUGAGUGGAGCAAUCAUUACUCAGAUAUACCUGGCUGCCAAUGUAGACAACCCUAGCUUUCUCAUACUUCUAGCUGCUACUCUCCCUACUACUGUUGUGCUUAUCUUCAUGGUUUUCAUUAGGCCCAUAGAAGGGUCUCCGAAGGAGAAGAAUGAGAUUAAGAAUUUCUAUGUUUUUCUUGUCAUGGCACUGGUGUUGGCGGGCUUCCUUAUGGUGUUCAUUUUACUUGAAAACAGGCUGCAUCUUCCACUUGCUGUGAUUCGAAUCUUCGCUGUGAUAACAAUUCUGACCAUCUUUGUGCCACUGUUGGUGGUUAUACGCUCACAACUUCAAAAGAUAAAGUCCAAUGAAGCAACGACAUUGUCAGAUGUAGAGAAAUCUAAGAAACAUGAAUUCUGCAAGGAGAUGACAAGUUAUGCAGCCAGUAGUCAAGGUUUAGACUCUUCAACUGAUUAUAAUAGAAAAGAUCCACCAAUGGAGGAGAAUCUCAAAUCCCAAAAGAAAUGGCCUGUGAGAGGUCAAGAUCACACAGUUUUUCAAGCACUGAUGAGCAUAGACUUCUGGAUUCUGUUCUUGGCAACAACAUGUGGCCUGGGUUCUACAAUCACUGCAAUAGACAACAUGGGACAAAUUGGAAAAUCCCUGCAAUACCCAAAAGAAAGCAUUAGCACUUUUGUUUCCCUGCUUAGCAUAUGGAACUUUUUAGGGCGAGUUGGAUCAGGCUCUAUCUCAGAAAUACUUAUGCAAAAGUACUCUAUUCCAAGGCCUUUCCUGCUAAGCCUGGUUCUGGCGAUUGCCUGUGUGGGUCAUCUCCUCAUUGCUUUUGGACUUCCAGGCUCAAUCUAUGUGGCCUCCAUUCUCAUUGGAAUGUGCUUUGGUGCACAGUGGCCUCUCAUGUUCUCCAUCAUUUCUGAACUGUUUGGGCUUCGUCACUUUGCUAUUCUGUACAAUAUAGGGCAAAGUUCUAGCCCUCUGGGAGCCUACCUGUUUUCUGUCAGGGUUGCAGGGUACCUCUAUGACAGACGUGCAAAAGCAGAAAAUGUGGGGAGGAAUAAUGCCCUAGAUGAGCUCAUGUGUGUUGGGAGAAAGUGCUUCUGCACGACCUUUUUGAUAAUGGCAGCACUUAGCAUGGUUGGGUGUGCAAUAGCUGGUCUUCUUGUCUACAGAACAAACCAAUUCUACAAGCAAGACAUUUAUGGAAAAUUUAGUGUCGAAAGUAAGGAAGAUGAAAAAGACGCCUCACACCUACCUUGCAGCACUGAAAUUUCCACAAUAACAAGCAAGAGCACCUGA